UUAUUAUCCAAUUUCGAAAAUAUAAACAAAAAUCGUAGCCACAGAGGAAGAAAGAGAGAGAGAAAUGGAGAUGAGGAUGAUGAGCUGCGUUGGGUUUUCGAGUUCAAUCCCAAAAGCCGCAAUUGGCUUGGGUUCUUCUUCAUCUUUGUGUUUGGGAAACCCCAAGUUGUUGAAUUCAGGAAGUGGAAGGGUAAGUUUAGUGAGCGUUAAUGGUGGAAGAAGAAGAAACAGAGGCUUCACUUGCAACGCUCUUUUCGGAUUGGGCGUGCCAGAACUCGUCGUUAUUGCCGGCGUGGCAGCGCUGGUUUUUGGGCCCAAGAAAUUGCCCGAAGUGGGUCGAAGCAUCGGCAAAACUGUGAAGAGCUUCCAGCAGGCGGCAAAGGAAUUUGAGUCGGAGCUUAAGAAGGAACCUGGUUCCACAGAAGAAGACUCUUCUGAGAAACCUAUUGCCCUUGGUGAACAGGAGAAGCUGGACAAUGAGUUGUCUAGUUCUAAGGAGACUGCAUGAGAUUGUAGAUUAGAUAUAUGAUAAGUAGGUAUCAGAUCAUCACUAUGAUAUUACUAUGCCUUUAAAGAAACUAUUCUUCUUUACGAUCUGUUAGUUUAGUAUUUCUGGGAUUUUGAGUUUCGUUGUUUAAAUCAUCAGACCAAGCUUUCAAAUAAAAGAUAUCAGAAGAGGGGUACUAGUUUUGGUUGGUAUUGCUCAAAUUUUUUCA